GGCUCGGCCUACGAGUGCCUCAGCGAGGUGGGCGAGCGCGGCCUGGCCGAGUUCCGCGACCUCAACCCAAAUGUAAGUGUAUUUCAGAGAAAAUUUGUGAACGAAGUAAAGAAAUGUGAAGAGAUGGAAAGAAUACUUGGAUAUCUAGUACAAGAAAUUAAGAAGGCAGAUAUUCCUCUUCCUGAAGGAGAUGUUGCCCCUCCUGCCCCCUUACUGAAACACAUUUUAGAAAUCCAGGAACAGUUGCAUAAACUGGAGACAGAAUUGAGAGAAGUAAAUAAAAACAAAGAAAAGUUGAGGAAAAACCUUCUGGAACUGACAGAAUACACAUGUAUGUUGGAGGUCACGCAAACGUUUGUCAGGAGAACAUCUGAGUAUGAAUCCUGUUUGCAUGCUAAUUACGAAGAAUUCCCAUCUGUGGAAAAUGAGCCUUUAGUGGAUUACAACUGUAUGCACAGACUGGGUGCCAAGCUGGGGUUCAUAUCUGGGUUAGUUCACCGAGCAAAAAUUGAAGCAUUUGAAAAAAUGUUGUGGAGAGUCUGUAAAGGAUAUACUAUUCUUACAUGUGCAGAGCUGGAUGAAUGUCUGGAAGAUCCAGAUACAGGUGAAACCACAAAAUGGUUUGUUUUUUUAGUGUCCUAUUGGGGUGAACAAAUUGGCCAGAAAGUUAAGAAGAUAUGUGACUGCUAUCACUGUCAUGUCUAUCCCUAUCCAAAUACCACAGAGGAGCGCACUGCAGUUGUUGAAGGACUAAAUGUUCGUAUUCAGGAUCUUCAUACUGUGCUGCAUAAAACUGAGGAUUACUUACGCCAAGUAUUAUGUAAAGCAUCUGAAUCCAUCUAUACUUGGGUUAUCCAAGUGAAGAAGAUGAAAGCCAUUUAUCAUGUACUCAACCUGUGCAGUUUUGAUGUCACAAAUAAAUGCUUAAUUGCUGAGGUUUGGUGUCCCGUGGCUGAUCUGCAAAACUUGCGCCAUGCGCUGGAGGAAGGAUCAAGGAAGAGUGGAGCUGCGAUUUCUUCAUUCAUGAACACGAUCCCUACGACACAAACUCCUCCGACUUUGAUACGUACCAACAAAUUCACCUCAGGGUUCCAAAACAUUGUUGAUGCAUAUGGAGUUGGAAACUAUGGGGAAGUUAAUCCAGCUCUCUAUACCAUCAUCACUUUUCCCUUCCUGUUUGCUGUUAUGUUUGGAGACUUUGGGCAUGGUCUACUAAUGUUCAUCUUUGCACUCCUGACAAUACUCUAUGAAAACCACCCUCGAUUACAAAGAUCACAAGAUGAGAUAUUGAAAACAUUUUUUGAAGGACGAUACGUUAUUUUAUUGAUGGGUCUGUUUUCUGUAUACACCGGCUUGAUCUACAAUGACUGUUUUUCAAAGUCAUUAAAUAUAUUUGGUUCUGGAUGGAAUGUUUCAGCAAUGUUUGAACAAAAGGUUUGGCGCCUUGAAGAUCUGAAGUCUAAUCAGUUUUUAACAUUGGAUCCAAAUGUUACUGGUGUGUACAAUGGAGCUUAUCCCUUUGGUAUUGAUCCGAUCUGGAAUUUGGCAAGCAACCGUCUCAGUUUUCUAAACUCUUUCAAAAUGAAAAUGUCUGUGAUUUUUGGAGUGACACAUAUGACAUUUGGAGUUGUACUGGGGGUCUUUAACCACUUGCAUUUUAAGAAGAAAUAUAAUAUUUACUUGGUUUUUCUUCCUGAACUAGUCUUCAUGAUGUGCAUCUUCGGCUACCUUGUGUUUAUGAUCUUCUUUAAGUGGCUAGCUUACACUGCACAGGACUCUACAUCUGCUCCGAGCAUUUUGAUUCAGUUUAUUAACAUGUUCCUAUUUCCUGGGAGUGAAACAGAGGUCUUUUAUACUGGACAGGUUGUUUUACAGAAGUUUUUACUUAGUCUUGCUUUACUUUCUGUUCCUGUAAUGCUUUUUGGAAAACCACUUUACUUAUAUUGGUUGCACAAUGGACGCCAGGGCAUCAGAAGGUACAGGGGUGGCUACAAGCUAAUUCGAAAAGAAAGUGAAGAAGAACUUUCUCUGCUGACAUCUGCUGAUGUGGAAGAGGGAAGCAGCCCUUCAGACAGUGGGCACAGAGAGGGGGAUGGAGAAGAGUUCAAUUUUGCAGAUGUUUUUAUGAAUCAAGCAAUUCAUACCAUUGAGUACUGUCUAGGAUGCAUUUCCAAUACAGCCUCAUAUCUGAGACUCUGGGCACUAAGUCUGGCUCAUGCACAGUUAUCAGAAGUUCUCUGGCAAAUGGUGAUGAGAGUGGGUCUUCGUGUGGAUGCAACCUAUGGCGUUUUACUGCUAGUCCCUGUUCUAGCGUUUUUUGCUGUGCUAACCAUUUUUAUUCUUUUGGUCAUGGAGGGGCUUUCUGCUUUUCUCCAUGCUGUACGACUCCACUGGGUGGAAUUUCAGAACAAAUUUUACACUGGUGGAGGAUACAAGUUUACGCCCUUCUCUUUUAAGCACAUUUCUUUACAUUUUAAUAAAGAUGAUAUGGCGUAGUUUGGUUGCUGUCAGAUAGGCUUCGAAUUGUCUGGAAGUAAUCAUGCAACUGGUUCUCAUCUAUGAAUGGUUUCUUGUAGGACAGUGUUUUUCACUGAUUGCCUUAUAAUGCAGCCAAAUAAUUGUGUAAUAUAUACCUCCCAUACAAGUGCAUAGCAGAUCUGGAGCAUCUUGUAAAAUAUAUAGGUAUAAAAUGUACAUUUUUUUUCUUGAUAAACUAAUGUUGUAAAUUAUUUUUAUUC